AUGUACCAAGCAAGGAAACCGGAAAGAUAUCGCCAAAUCCGCUUCGCUCAGCUCCCCCAGAUUAACCUAUACAUAGAAACAUUUGGCCACAUUUGUUGCCUCCUCACCGGCUCCAGCCACGUUGGUUGCCGCAGCCUUACGACAGCCGAACGGCUCACCCACGCUUCUCACCCACGCUUCCAACCCCAGACGAGCUCCUCCGCCGCUCUGCUAAGCGCCGGGCUCCAACUAUCGUGUGGCCGCCUGCAGUUGUGGCGGCGAUUGGGUGCUCUCAUCUAUCUUGACCACGCGGCAAGCCGUCCCAUACGCCGCCGUCUGAGCGAAGCCCCCCAUGUCGCCCGCAUCGAAUCUCAGACAGAUGAUAGCAUUGCCACCGCGUUUCUUGCACUCCUCGACGACCCUACCGAUGGAGUCGUUCCGGCACGAGUACAGCAUGGAUGUGAACCACCGAAGCUCGCCGCCGGCCAUACUUUUGAAGGCCAUGCCCAGGGAGGCGCCGAUGUUGCGCGACCGCACAGUAAUGCCGUAGACUGUGCCGAGGACCUGCUCGAUGCGGUAGCCCGGGAGAUCCAUCAUGGCUACCACGAGGUGAAGAUGAAGAUGCGUCAUUAG